AUCCCUUCCUAUCCCUGACCCCUGCCGCUUUCAGCCCGGCGCAAAUGUUGUUGGUCACUGCCUUAGCCUUAGUGUAGCACACCCAUAGCAGGCGCGACUUAUUGCUUGACUUCGUACCUUCUCCCACCGCGUGCCCGAGACUUUCCUUCCCAAUCCAAGCCGGCCCAAACUUGAAGAAGCACCUCUGGAACGCCGCCUCGGGCCCUUCCCACUUCAAAUAACGAACCAAAAUCAUAUUUGCACCAUUUGUCAAUAAUUCUCUCCCCUUCAAUUCCGCUUGUUGCCCGCUGGAAUCUGACAAGACGGCGUGCCUCCCUUCGAAGCAUUCCAGACGACCCGAACCCCCGACUCCCUUGGUGGCGCUUUCAAUCAAGUAGCUCAUGCUUUUCUGAAAUAGGACCCAAAGUCCUUCCGCUGCUCACCCAUCAGCACAUCUCACGCUGCGAAUUACCCCUCGUUGCGCCUCAGUCGCCGUCUUGUUCACGCACACAUCCCCUCGACUUGUCCUCCACAGGUACCGCGCCAACUUUGAAGUGCUCUCCGAGAGUUGCUUCAACACCACCGUUUGCCUCAUACAUACACAGCACGCCAUGACUGACUACCGAGACGAACGGGCGGGCUCUUUUGCCUCGUCUUCUACCGACGCUGCGACUUUGCACGAGCUGACCAAGUUGGACCCGAUGGAGGAUAACUUGCAGAAUCUCAAGUCGCGAGACGAAGAGGAGCUAGCUGCCGAGGACGAAAAGCUCUUGCCUGCCACGAAUGCGAAUGGGAAGGUGGAGCCCGAGAAGGCCCGUCUCACUUCGGCUGUUGUAUGGAUGACCGUUAACACACUUGCAACCAUCGGAAUCGUCUUCACGAACAAGGCCAUCUUCUCCGACCCGCAGUGGAAGCUCUGCCAGCUCACGUUUGCGAGCUUCCAUUUCCUCGUGACGUUUCUGACGCUACAUGUCCUCUCGCUGCCCACCUUUGCCUACUUCAUUCCGCGCCGCGCCGCCAUCAAAGACCUGCUGCCACUGUCCGUCGCCAUGUGCCUCAAUGUCAUCCUGCCGAACCUGUCACUGGCGUUCUCUUCGGUCACAUUCUACCAGAUUGCGCGUAUCCUACUGACGCCAACCGUCGCCCUGAUGAACUUCGUCCUAUACAAGGCAACUCUGCCUCGGAACGCCGUAAUGACUCUCAUCCCAGCCUGCUUCGGCGUCGGUAUGGUUUCUUACUACGACUCGCUGCCCACCAAGGACGACAGCAUCAAGACCACCUCGACUCUGGGGGUAUUCUUUGCCUUUAGUGGUAUUUUCGCCUCUUCUCUCUACACUGUCUGGAUCGCUAGCUAUCACCGCAAGCUCCAGAUGUCCAGCAUGCAGCUUUUGUACAACCAGGCGCCUAUUGCCUCGUUCAUGCUGCUCUACGUCAUCCCUUUUGUCGACACUUUUCCCGAUUGGGUUCACGUUCCUGGCAACCGCUGGAUCAUGAUUGGCAUGUCCGGUGUGUUUGCCUCGCUGAUCAACAUCUCCCAAUUCUUCAUCAUUGCCCAGACCGGACCAGUGUCCAGUACUGUGGUCGGCCAUCUCAAGACAUGCACCAUUGUCGCGCUUGGUUGGAUGGUCUCAGGAAGAGCCAUCGGCGACAAGUCGAUCCUCGGUGUCUUUAUUGCCAUUGGCGGCAUCAUUGGAUACUCAGUUGUCAUGCUCCAGCAUCAACGGAAACAGUCCAAGUAAGGCAAGCAGCAGGUCAGACAGAAUAUGUUCAAACUCAGCUUUUAUGGCAUUUCAGGAACAGGUUCUCUUUUAGAGGGCUCAGGGCAGGGGCCAAACAGAUCACAAUGGCGUUGAGUAGACUGAGAACGUCGGGGUUAGAAAGGGUCUACAUUGAUGAUACCUCAUUUUUUUUGUCAUGGCUAGGCGUCCGGAGAACCACAAAGCUUUUGCCAUUGUAGCGAGAGUGAAAUAAGAUCAAAUUUCUUUCUUUAAUGCCCUGUUGUAUCUACUAUUUUUUUUUUUCUUCCCCUUCUGGGUGACUUUGUACCCCACUCGGCCACGCCUGGUCCGGUCUACUAAGCCACCACCCAAAACAAAUAACGCCGUACGGUGUGGUCCCUGACCAUUAACACAAUGCAUCAUUGAAUCUGGCACACAACCUGGCACAUAGCCUGGCACCAUAUUAUCACCGGAUGAACCAGCUGAUCGGCCAAACACACAUGUUUGUCUCUGCCUCUCCCCAC